GCGCUCACGUCUCUUUCUCCCGUGGCUCCAGCUGCCUUUUGUUCUCCCACCUCAGCACCCCGCGAGGCGACUCUGCUUGCGGACAGCUCAGAUAGAUUUUCUGCUUUUCUUAGUACGCGGUGGGCUCACCCGGCCUUUAGCGAAAGUGCGGCUGCGAACAAGCAGGCGGACGCGGAGCUCGGGGGAGGCGCGCUCGGGCUCCCGGUGGCGGCGGCGACGACGACGACGACCAGGAAAGCGGACGGAGGCGGCGCCUGAAAGAGCGGCGGAGCCCAUGCCCCGAGACGGCGGGCGGGCCCGGAGAGACAAGUCCGGGGCCCGGGGCAUGUCCCCGGGGCCCCCGUGAGGAGGCGGCGGCGGCGGCGAUGGAGAACCCGCCGCAGGAGGCGCCGCCCGGGCCGGGCGCGGACGGCGACGCCGAAGAGGCCCCCGCCGAGGCCCAGUCUCCCAGCCCCGCAUCGUCCCCGACCGACGGGCGCCUCAAGGCUGCGGCCAAGCGCGUCACGUUCCCCUCCGACGAGGAUAUUGUGUCCGGAGCCGUGGAGCCCAAAGACCCCUGGAGACACGCCCAGAACGUGACUGUGGACGAGGUCAUCGGCGCUUACAAGCAGGCCUGCCAGAAGCUGAACUGCAGACAGAUCCCCAAGCUCCUCAGGCAGCUCCAGGAGUUCACGGACCUCGGGCACCGGAUUGACUGUCUGGACCUGAAAGGUGAGAAGCUCGACUACAAGGCCUGCGAGGCCCUGGAAGAGGUCUUCAAGAGGCUGCAGUUCAAGGUCGUGGACCUGGAGCAGACAAACCUGGACGAAGAUGGCGCCUCAGCCCUCUUUGACAUGAUCGAGUACUACGAGUCCGCCACCCACCUCAACAUCUCCUUCAACAAGCACAUCGGCACCCGGGGCUGGCAGGCCGCCGCCCACAUGAUGCGCAAGACCAGCUGUCUGCAGUACCUGGACGCCCGCAACACGCCCCUGCUGGACCACUCCGCGCCCUUCGUGGCCCGUGCCCUGCGUAUCCGCAGCAGCCUGGCCGUGCUGCACCUGGAGAACGCCAGCCUGUCGGGGCGGCCCCUCGUGCUGCUCGCCACAGCCCUGAAGAUGAACAUGAACCUUCGGGAGCUGUACCUGGCCGACAACAAGCUCAAUGGCCUGCAGGACUCAGCCCAGCUGGGCAACCUGCUCAAGUUCAACUGCUCCCUGCAGAUCCUGGACCUCCGUAACAACCACGUGCUGGACUCAGGUCUGGCCUACAUCUGCGAGGGCCUCAAGGAGCAGAGGAAGGGCCUGGUGACCCUGGUGCUGUGGAACAACCAGCUCACACACACGGGCAUGGCUUUCCUGGGCAUGACGCUGAGGCUGGCUGCACUGCUGACCGGGGAGCGCCCGGGUCCGCCCUUUCCCGGCCGGCCUGCAGGCCCCUUCUCCGUCCCGUGCUCCCUGCAGCCGCACACGCAGAGCCUGGAGACGCUGAACCUGGGCCACAACCCCAUUGGGAACGAGGGCGUGCGCAACCUCAAGAACGGCCUCAUCGGCAACCGCAGCGUGCUGCGCCUCGGCCUGGCCUCCACCAAGCUCACCUGCGAGGGCGCGGUGGCGGUGGCGGAGUUCAUCGCCGAGAGCCCCCGCCUCCUGAGACUGGACCUUCGGGAGAACGAGAUCAAGACGGGCGGGCUCAUGGCACUGUCCUUGGCCCUCAAGGUGAACCACUCCCUGCUGCGCCUGGACCUCGACCGAGAGCCCAAGAAGGAGGCGGUGAAGAGCUUCAUCGAGACGCAGAAGGCGCUGCUCGCCGAGAUCCAGAACGGCUGCAAGCGCAACUUCGUGCAGGCGCGGGAGCGGGAGGAGAAGGAGCAGCGGCUGCAGCUGUCGGCCUCCAUGCCCGAGAUCACCGUCACCGAGCCCCAGCCUGACGGGGAGCCCGACGAGGAGCCUGACGGGGAGCCUGGGGCCGAGCCUGCCCCCCAAGCUCAGGAGAACGGGGACCCGGCCCCUGGGCCCGGCCUGGACUCAGACUCAGACUCAGACUCCGAGGGGGAGGAUGGGGAGGAGGAGGAUGGGGAGAGGGCUGCGGCCCCCUGCCCCGCCCCACUGCCCCCCACGGACUCCCUGGGCCCUGGGGAUAGGAGCCCCCCAGGCAGCCCUUCCUCCCCCACUGAGCAGCGAAUCUCUGUGUCCAGCCCGGGCCGAGGCCACAAAGUGUUUGUGGUGACUCGAGUGGAGAGCCCCCCUGAGAGAGCAGAGCCCCCUGUGCCGCCCUCUCCUCGUCCUCCAUCCCCACCUGCCUUGCCUUCCCCGCCCCCCUCACCUGCCCUACCACCAGCUGAGGCCGUCAGCACUCGGGACCCAGGGUCGUCGGAACCUCAGCCACAGCCAGAGCCGCCGCAGGCAGGGCCACCCCUGCCCAACGGCCUGAAGCCUGAGUUUGCCCUCGCACUGCCCCCAGAGCCGCCCCCGGGGCCCGGGGCCAAGGCGGGCAGCUGUGGCCUGGAACACGAACUGAGCUGCUCCAAGAACGAGAAGGAGCUCGAGGAGCUGCUUCUGGAAGCCAGUCAGGAAUCCGGGCAGGAGACACUGUGACACUUUAGUUCCUUUUUUCCAGCCGGUCUUCUAUGAGCUGAGGCCAGAGCCAUGGGAACCUGCUCCCCUCACCCCCAGCCUUCCUGAGGCCCCGAGGCCAGGGGUGGGGGCGCCUUUCUGGGGACCCCUACCUCCCACAGCAACACUACACGGGGGGCAGGAGCUACAGGGAGUGGCCCUCUCCAUCCUGACGAGCACUCCUGUUUGUGUCCAGCCCCUACGCCUCUGGGCCAGAGGAGGGGGAAUCUCCAAGGUCAUCAGCCCCAAAUCCACUGACUUUUCCGGAAGGGCCUGUUAGGCCAGGCUUGCCUGGGAGGGCAGGAGUCCUGGGUGGUGGUGGGAUGCCCCCCAACCCCCAUGGCGCUGGGCACGACGAGGCAGGAGGAUGGUGUGGGGCGGUGAGAGGUGGUGGUUGGACUUUGUAGAGCAGCCCCGGACAGGGUGCGGGUGGGGGAUGGGGGCAGAGGACAGAGCUUUCUUAAGUGCAAUAAAUCUAUCAGGGAGCGGGGGGCCAGGGCUCUGGAGACCCCGCUGUCCAGGCCGCUGGAAGCUGCGCCCUGAGAGGCACUACGACCGGGGAGGGUGGGGUGGAGUGG